AUGGAGGACCUCAGCAGUGAUCGACACGACACUGGAAGCACGUCUGAGGAUGAACGAAAUCCCAUCUACCAGGACGGUUCCCUCCAUGUCACACACCAUAACCACGAACACCUCGCAGCAUUCCUCACAUCCGGUACACAAACUCCUCGUCGCCUCGAGGACCUCACGAUCUCGGGAUCAUAUGGCCCGCCGUCCUGGGAUUUGACGACUCGUCGUCUCCAGGGACCACAUCUCUCUCUUCCAGUGAUCUCCCGACACUUCACGGAAGGUAUGACAGGACAUCUCCACAUUCACAACCUGGAUCUUUCCCUUCUUGACGACGAUGCAUACGAGCAGUUCCUCCAACUUGUGGGUAGCGCACCAGGACGCUCUGGAGCCACGUCUAUCAACCUCAGCUGUCUCGUCUUCCACACUAUCACCGACGCCGCACAGCUUUUAACUCGAUGCACCUUGGCCGUAACGGUCAAAGCCAGGGAGCUUUCUGUCAUGGGUCCCGUGUUGCGAGAAACAUUCACUUCGGAUGUUCAGUGGGCCCAAAAAAAGGUGUUUAUUGGAAGAGGAGGGCAGAUUCACCUCUUUUCUAUCAUGCUAGAUGAGCACGUCCGUCUCGACAAUCUCGAGGUGCUUGUCGUCUCCGACAUCACUCAGCAAGCGAUGGUCCAGCUCAGAGAGGUCUUGCGAAAGGCUGGUCGGGCUUUGCAUGUGUUGAGUAUCCCUCUACUUUCUUGCGGUGAGUACUUGUCAUCUUCGACUGACACGCUGUUCUCUGAUAACUGUAUAUCGAGACUUGAGCCUCCUCCCACCAUUGGAUUUAACAUCCAAUGCCUCUCUACGUGUGCUAACAAUAAGCCACGGCCUUGGGGUAGGGAAUCCUAUCCAUAUAUCGUUGUAUAUACGUCGGAGCUUGGAGACGCUCCUUGCUCCAGCCCAUUAUUGGCGAAGAUCAAGCUUGAGAGUGUUCAAGCUUAA